AUGAUGCAAGGACUAUAUGGCAGUAAUCGAUUUGUUAGACACAGAAGAUCUGAAGGUAAUAAUACAUUUGCUCAGCAAAAACUUUUCCAUGACAGAUUAGGAGGUUCUCCUAAAUCGUCAAAUCAGAAUCAUGGCUGGCCAACAACUUUUGAAAUUGUCAGAAGAAAUCGUUUGGAGAGAGCAAGCGAAUUCAGAAAGCCUGGGAUAUGCAUUUCAAGAAAUUCUUUAUCUAAUCCAAAUUUAAUUUCUCAACUUGAAAAAACUUCAGAUUCCAUAAGUCUAUUGAAUCCCUCUAAAGAUAUUUCAUUUGAUUCAAAAAUUAAAAAGAAAAAGAAAGCUUUUUCUAAUGCAAAAUUUUAUAGAUUAAGCAAAAAGAUAGAGAAACUUCCUUCAAUUUUACUGAAAAGCAAUUCAAAUUAUUUUGGGUGUGUUGGAUCAUCAAGUCCAAUUGGAAAUUUAUUUGGCAAAUCUCAAUUUGCUAAUAAAAAAUGCGAUGAUUAUGAAUUCGAGCCAUAUAUAAGGCAUAAUAGAGCAAAAGAUAGUGAAUGCAUGACUGAUAUCCACAGUAGAGAAUUUCCUGAUAUAAAAAUAAAUGACAAUCAGACGUUAACUCCCAAGCAAAUGAAGAAAAAAUGUUCAUUAAAAUCGCAAUCAAGAAUACGAAUUAGGUCAAAGCUUAUCGAUUUUUCUGAAAGAGAGCAACUUUCGCCAUGGGAAAGUCGUGGUGUUAAUACUGAUAUUAUAAUUUAA